AUGACUCCAUUACAGCCAUUACUAGUGUUGACAAGGAUUGAAGUGUUCACUCAUUGGUCGAGUCUAUUGGAUGCAAACCAUGCAAACCAUCGCUCAUUUGAUCCAUACGUUUACUCCGGAAGUGAGACUCAAUACAAGUUAAGCCAUUUGGUGGACACGAUUGCCACGACUGGAAGCGAUGCCACUUUCGAGGACUCGUUCAUUGAUAUCCAACAUAAACGGUGUACCGAAUGA